AUUAGUACAUGAGCUCUGUGAUCCCAAUUGCCUGCGCUUCUUGUUUGGCUCCGCAGAGCAACGUGGCACCAAUCACAAUUCACAAAGGAGAGACCAGAAAGUACCAUAUAUAGAGGCAGAGUAGUCCACUCCGCGCGCACACCCAGAAUCAGAAGCCUUAUUUCCUCUCUACCAUUGCACAAGCAACCAACAUUGUGCAUUUGGCGGCCUCCAUUGUCCCUUGGAGCUGGGCAAGUCAAGCCUGUACCUAAAAGGGCUUCCUGGUGUGGUCCAUCCAAUCCAGCAACUGCAAGAAUGGAGCAGAGAAGGGCCACGCGCAGCUUGGAGGAGCGACCAAUGGCGUCUUCCACUUCCCGCGAAGGCUCUGACCACGACAGCAAGAACAAGGAGCACAAGCGCGAGCUGAUCGCCUACGAGGCGCUGCCGGAGUGGCUCAAGGACAACGAGUUCAUCCACGGCUACUACCGGUGCGAGUGGCCAAUGAAGGAGACCAUCCUCAGCAUCUUCUCCAUCCACAACGAGACCCUCAACGUCUGGUCGCAUUUGGUAGGAUUCCUGCUGUUCCUGUGCUUGACGAUCCUCACGGCGAUGGUGAUCCCACGGGACGGCGGCGGGAACACAUUUGCAUUUGACGAUGCGGCAUCGACGAGGAGCUACUGGGGAGAUCUGAUGGCGAUGGCCAACAUGACAGGGGCGCUGAAGCAUGAGGCAGCUGCCUGCCUCCUGCUGCCUCCAGCUGCCGCAGAUUUGUCAGGAAAUGAGGAGGAGAUCCCAAACAGCUGUCCACCCAACACAUCCUCCUCGCUAUCUCACCACCACGUUGCGUUGAUCCAGGAGGCCAGCGCGGCGCCACUGGCCGUGGACGCUGCCUCCGCCGACCCGAUCACGCGGUGGCCGCUGUUCGCGUACCUGUGCGGAGCCAUGGCGUGCCUACUUACGAGCAGCGCUUGCCACCUGGUGCUGUGCCACUCGGAGAGAAUGGCGUACGUGACGCUCCGGCUGGACUACGCCGGCAUCGCCGCCCUCAUCGUCACCUCCUUCUACCCGGUCGUCUACUACUCCUUCCUCUGCCACCCGGGGCUCCAGCGGCUCUACAUGGGCUUCAUCACCGCCUUGGGCGCCGCCGCGGUCACGGCAUCGCUGGUGCCGGUGUUCCAGGCGCCAGAGUUCCGCCCGCUCCGCGCCGCGCUCUUCUCAUGCAUGGGCGUGUCGGGGCUCAUCCCCGUCGCGCACAAGCUCGUGCUGUACGGCGGCCGGCGGGAGGCCGCCGUGACGGCGUGCUACGAGGCGCUCAUGGGCGCGCUCUACGGGCUCGGCGCGGUCGUCUACGCGGCGCGCGUGCCGGAGCGGUGGUUCCCCGGGCGGUUCGACCUCGUCGGGCACAGCCACCAGCUCUUCCAUCUCUUCGUCAUCGCCGGCGCAUAUGCGCACUACCUCGGUGGCGUCGAGUACCUCAAGUGGAGGGACGCCGACAGGUGCUGGUGACCGGCGGCAUGGCAUGGUAUGGCUACAGUUGUACAGCUACAUCUCCGGCUGAAGGUGCUUCCAUGAAUCCGACUGAAGAUGGAG